AUGACAUUUGACCGUACAAAUGAAUUCAAGAAGUAUAUUAGAAUGAAAGGGACAGAAGAAACACAAGAAACUGUUUCAAUCCCUCAGAGCAAACAAGAAAUGUUAAAUGACAUCAAAGUCUUCAACAAAAAUACAACAGAACUUUUCAAAAACAUCAAUAAAAUUUCAGGAAAAUUAGCAAAAUUAACAGAACUUGCAAAAUCAAAAUCACUAUUUGAAGAACAACAAACAGCACCUCAAAUUCAACGACUAACAAAUGAGAUUCAUACAAAUCUACAAGAAGUUAAUAAAGAAAUGAAAAAAAUAGAAGAAAAACGUAAAGAAAUUGAAAAGAAAUAUAAAAUUACAGGACAAAAUGAAAAUCAUCGAGAAAUUGUAUGUAAACAUCUGAACUAUCUUGUUAAAAAUACAACAAAGUCAUUUACUGACGUUUUACAAAUUAGAGCAGAAAGUAUUAAAGAACAAGAAAAGAAAAAACACAAAUAUUCAACACAACAAACAUCUACUUCUAACCAAGUUUAUCAAAGAAAUUUAAAUCAAUUCUCAUUUAAUGAAGAUGACUCAAUUCCUCCUGAUAGUACUGAAGUUGAUAUUCCACAAUCAACAUCAGUUCUUCUUACUAAUGAACAUUUAGAACAACGAGUUCAAGGAGUCCAAAACAUUGAACACAUGUUAAAUGAAUUACUAGGUUUGUAUAAUCACAUCACAUUUCUUGUAUCAACACAAGAAGAAAUGGUUCGAAGAAUUGAUGAAAACACUGAAGAAGCUGUUUUUAAUGUUGAACAAGGUCAUUCUCAAUUACAAGAUGCACUUCACUCAAUCUCAUCAAAUCGUGGAUUGAUCAUUAAAUCUCUCCUUAUCAUUCUUUUCUUUGCUUUAGUCUUUUUAGUCUUCUUCCUUUAA